AUGUCUCUUCAUGCCGAACGAGUAAAAACUCCACUUCCAGAGCAAUUGAAGAAUUCGUUUUCGUUUGGAAAUACAUCACAUAAUGAAGAGGAUGGUAUUGAGGAGGAAUCUAUGAUGGACGAUCAUCAAUUUGAAAUGAAGCGGACGGAUGAGGGAGAUAAACUAGAAGAUUUUCAUCGUUCCGAGAAUGUAGAAGAGGAGCCUACAAAUCACAAUACAACAGUCAAUAAUUCUAGAAGAAAUCGUUUCAAUCAAGACGUGGGUGAUCAAUCUACAACUGACGUUGGAGAUGAGUCAAGCUCCAAGAAAAAGAAAAAAAGGGUCAAAAAGAAAAAACUAAAGACACGAGUUGAAGAAGAGCAAACUGAGGAGACCAACCUUACACCAAACGAAAAUAUUUCAGCAACUAACGAAACAACGGUCAAUUCAACAAUUAAGAAUGACCUCUUUGCAGAUAUGAAACGAAAUCAUUACCUAACUAUAUCUCCAAACGAUAUUAUUACAAAAGAAGUUGAGGAAGGUGACGACGGUAAAGCAGAAGAACAAGCAACAAUGGAGACAGCCAGAAAUGUUAAAACUCAGGGACCCACCUCACAAAGACAAAAAAUAAUAUUUAUCGAAAAUCCUGUCAGUGGCCAAUUCAGAAAAAUUAAAGAGACGGAUUUGAAUGAUCAUAAGGAAGUGAACGAGGAGUUGGUCGAGGAUGAACAACAGAUUAUCGAACGUGAAAUUAAUUCUUAUAGCUCAACAGUUUUGGUUACAAACAACAAUCUAUUCGUAAUUUUGAACUUUACUCAAGGCCUUUUAGUUGGGUUUUGUCUUUUUCACCUGCUUAUUAACAUUCCUCUUUACAACCAAUUAGUAGCUUUUGCCGAAUGGUAUUCUUCAGUGGCAACAAUUUUACAAAAGAUUUACAUGUUCCUCUGUAGUAUUUGCUCAGUCCUCUCUUUAUAUAUACUUUCCAUAGAACUUCGACCACCUAUUCAAAAGAGUACAAUAUUCACAGAGUUGGUUGUGGAAAACUCAUCACCCUUAAAACGAUCUACACGAACUGUGUCAUUUGUGGUGAAAACAUUAUUAUGUGUUGAGGCUGCUUCCUACUUGCUAGCCUUUUUAAGCAGUGUCAUUAUUGCCUAUGCUGACGAAUUCUUUGCUUUUACCUACUACAAGGUUGGAGCAAAUUGGACAACACCAAUUUCUGUAUCAGAUCCUGAAAUAAUUCCCAGAUAUGUUAUUCUUUGGCAUAUCCUUAAUGGAGUGAGAGCUUUGAGUGCAAUCGUUGGAUGGGUGUCAGCCACAAUAUUGUUCAGAGGAUUAAGGAGACAAGCAGAGACAACGUUUCAACAUCUCUUGAAGCAGCAAAGAACAAUCAACCAAUGA